AUGCACGGUGUCAAGAGGAAGCAAUGGACUCAAGAGCUUCUGAAGCAGAAAAGAAUUCAGGAUCAAAGAAAGAUAGCAAGCUACAGAGAACUAGUUGAUGAAGUUUUGAAAUUGCGAGACGAUGGCUGCUUCACUAAUGAGUCCCUGAAGGCGACGACCAGAUUGCUGCAAGCGAAUCCAGAAUUCAAUGCGAUUUGGAAUUACAGAAGGGAGAUCGUUGAUAGACUAGCUCCAUCGCUGGAUUCUGGAUUCUGGAAUGACGAGCUCAUGUUUACUCUAGUGCUUUUGAAGCAAUAUCCCAAGGUGUAUUGGAUUUGGAACCAUAGAAUAUGGACUUUACAACACCAUAGUGAUCGCACAACCACUGUCUGGGAGAAUGAACUGGCUAUGGUAAGCAAGCUAUUGCAACUAGAUGCAAGAAACUUUCAUGGAUGGCACUAUAGAAGGCUCAUCCUCAAUAAGCUCGAGAAACUAACGAGUCGUAAUAGAGAUGCGGACGAGUUACAGUAUGUCACACAGAAUAUUAACAAGGACAUAUCUAAUUACUCAGCAUGGCACCAAAGGGCAUCACUUAUUUCGAGUUUAUUUGACAACCAUGAGAUUGCUGAUGAACGGAAGUUCAUCCUGGAUGAAUUCGCUUACAUUACAAACGCUAUCUUUACCGAUGCUGAGGACCAGUCAGUUUGGUUUUACACAAAAUGGUUCAUCAAAUAUGUUAAUGUAUCGAAGGUUUUGGGUCAUGGAGAAUACAUAAGACAGUUGCAGGAUCUGAAAAGCAACAUCAUUGCCAUCAAUCAAGAUGACGUGGAAUUCUCAGGUAAAGAGAAUAACUGGUGUCUCAAAAUUUUGAUCUUUAUAGAAGGCAUCGAGCAGGAACUAGGACUGCAGAUUGAAUCUCACUCAGAGGCUUAUUUGAAGCAACUGAUCAUUGCUGAUCCGUUGAGGAAAAACAGGUACCUAAGUUUAAUAGCCAAGCGGACCUGA